GGGGGGGAAUUGAAAUAAUACACAAUGCACUAACGGUUUACCGUAGAUCUGAUAUUGCCAGAAUAGACACAAGUAAGCAUAAAUUUUGUUGCCAUUAUAAAUAGUUCUGUUUUCAUAUUCCAGAGCUUAAAUAAUAAAGUACAAGAAUAAUCUUGUCCACACAUCAAGUUCAGAAUUGAUUUCUCUAUUUAAUUCGAAUUCUUUACUUUCAAAUAGGUGUAAGCUCAAGGCGAUUAAAAAUAAGAUAUUUUUUUUAGUGGAAAAAUUCUGGCCAAACAAAUCGUCAAGUUUCAUUGGUCAGCCUGUCAACAUGGCGACUUGGUUACAGCGUCUGAGUCGCGGAAACAAGAAGGGAGCCUGCUAGCGGCUGGGGUGACUCUGCUUGCUCUAUGAGCAAACAAUUUCCUUCUGCAUUUUUGGUUUUCAGUUCUUGCUGUGAAUAUUUUGAACACUUUAUGCAAGUGUUUUAAACUUUUCUUUAAACGUUGAGAACACUAUUUCAUUUUCCAAGAUGCCUGUGUACAUCCGGAAAAAUGUCUCCUACACACCACCAUCUAUCUACAACAUACAACUGGAAGAUGAUAACGACUAUCUUCUGGACCCAGACCAGUUGCGAGAUAUUUUGCCACAGCCGUAUCGCAUGAUCAACAAAAUUUUGGUCCAGUUACUUGAUAAUGUUUGGGAAAUUGUUGAAGGCAAGGAAAAUACCAUACUUGCAGAGGCGAGGAAAGUGAGGCCACCACGUCUUGAGGAGCCAGAGGAACUACCAGUCUUCAACAAUGCCACUGCCCUCAAAGAAAGUGUGGAUGGCAAAUACAUUUUUGUUGGUCUCCCCAAUGGACUCGCUGUUAUGGAGACCCAAACACAGACCCAACUGCAUGCCUGGGAAGAGGAACACGCAGAAAUCACAGACAUUAAAACCUACCUGAUUUCCCCGGACUGGCAUCUCAUCGUAACAGUGGAUGAUAUGGCCAUUUCAAGACUGUUCCUGUUUGCCUUCAACCACAUUUUCUUUGUCAAAGCGCUCAAUGAAAAUUCCCCAGAAGCCACAUCAAAGAUUCUGUGCCAGAAGUGUGAAGCAUCAAAAGACGGAGAUUAUGCCGGUCUUGUACUGGAAAACACAGGAAGCAAAGAAGUGUGGUUUGAAGUUCACAAAUUGCCAGUGGAAGGUUGGCAGAAAGAACUGGAGAGUAUUGCUGCAGCUAUCAGUAAACAAAAGGAGGAGAAUGAAAAGAUUUUGGCUGAGAACGUGGAAGAUCCACCAGAACAAGUUGAGGGUCAACCCCCACCAGAGCAGCCGCCACAGCAGGAGUCUCCCCGUGCCCCUGUGCCUGAGAGCACAGUCAUUGAGCAGCUCGGAGUAAAGUUCUCCCAGCCUAGUGUCAUUCUCAAAGUGAAACCUCCGCAUAAAUUACCGUUGCCACCAAACGGGUCAUCCAGUGUUGCCUCUGCUAUCAGCAAGGUGGACACUGGUGAUGUGCUUGGGGUAGGAACCAACCAUGUACUUAGCUCCGCCCACCUGGAGUCACGGGAUGUCAUGUUCAAACACAGACAUGAUUCCAUGUUGAAAUAUUUGCCGGAGGAGAAGGAAGAUUUCACACUGUCUGCUACGUUUCACUUUGUCAAUGUGAGUCGGAUGCUGACAUUUGGCUUGGAGAACAAUACCCCUGAGUUCCGGCCGGUGGCUGUUAUGGUCUGGUGGUCAGGCUCACCUCAUCUCUCGCAGUACUCUCUGCUCAAAGCUGCAGGCAAAGACAUUGAAUUCAAGGCUGACAUUGUGUGGCCAUUCACCAGCAAUAUAACCUGUUCUGCGGUGAGCCCCUGUACCACUCAUUUGGCCCUUGGCCUGGAGAAUGGGAAUCUAGUGUUGUGGGACAGACAGCUUGGCUUGGACAAGGCGGUGCUGACUGUGUCGGACAAAAGUGCCCUCCGAAGUGUAAGGUUCCUGGACCCAUGUCUGUUCCCCAUGGACCAGCCCCACUAUCCACCCUACCCCGUGUCCUCUGCCACUUUUCUCCUUACCGAGUGCUGUGAUGGGAGCCAGGCACUGUUUGACACCUGUGAUGGCAGUCAACAGAUUCCACGCUGUAUUGCCACAGAACCAGAGAAUGAUGAUGACAUCCAGACAUUGCUGAAGGUUAUCCCUGAACUGCCUGAACUGAUAAUCUAUGUUCAGAAGAACGGGUCUUUGUAUAUAAAAGACAUAGGCACAGGAGCUGCUUUAUGUCAAGUUGUUCUCCCUCCCACUCAUAGCCUGCAGUCACCAUGGGAACCAAUAUUUGCUCUUGGUGGAGGUGGAAACUUUCUCUUUGUGAAAGCUGAAGGUACAGAAGAGACUGAGGAAGGAGAGGCAAAUGACAUUUCAUGUCUGUUCAUGUACAACCUAAAAUCUUAUCGUGAACUGGAGCCUUACUGGAGUCGAGAGCACCAGAAGAAGGAUUUGGCAGUUUACACGGACUUGGACAGUCGGAUUAGCAGCUUAAUGCAAGAGCGACUACAACAGCAGGCUCUGCGCAAGCCACAUAUGCAGAAUCGCUGGGGUCAGCUGCGCUCAGAACUGAGCAUGAUCCAGCAGGCACAUGCUGUACCUUUGGAUUCUCUACGAAUUACGGCACCCUCGUCCAUCCAUUCAAGUCACGAAGAGAUUCAUUUCAAAACUACCAAAGCGUCCGUUCUCUGAUCGACGCCAUCUUGGAUUGAUGUGACUACGUCUGCUUUGUAGCAUCUGAAACUCAGCAUUUUAGGAAAUUCUUAUAAGGCAAUAUUGGCCAAAUGAACCCCGCGUGCAGGCGUUUCUUAGGACGUCACCUUUUAUGUUGAAAGUGUUAGUGUGCCCUUAUUUCUUCUUAAUGUGUACUUUUCUGAUCUGAUGAGAAUCUUUUUGAUAAAAGUAAAGUAUAGCCUUCAAAUGUUUGCAUAUCUCAACCAUCGAAGCAAGUGGUUACCUGUUCCUGUCAAACAUAACUGCACAGCCUCUGUAAAAGUAGAUAAGUGUAUGUGUUAAACGCCCCCUAUCAACAUUACUGGGUUUUUAAAGAGUUAAAGAGACAGGACCUCCGAAUGUAACGUCCGUCUUCCAAAAAGACUGAGCCAAGUGAGUUGAGAGUCUUAAAAACUCCGUAAAAAGGACCCGAAUUCAAGACCACCCAGUCUCUGUAGUCCAGCAUGAUAGCAUUGUAAAACCUGCGAUGACCCCCAGAUGUUAUUUUGCACAAAGUAAAGCUGCUUGAAAUGGCCGGGAGGGGAUCUCUACUUUACCUUUACCCCAUUAUUUUGGUGAGCAAUCCGCUAAGUACCUUAACAUGGCAUGUCUUGUUUCUCGUAGUAGUAGUAGUAGUAAGAGCAUAACUAAAUGAAAUGCUGGAAUCCCCUAAAUGAGUAUAAUGUGCUGUUGCAUUUCAUGAUCUCAUUGAGGUUGUGUUGUCAUCAAAAGCAUGGGCGUUUGGAGGGUGCUCUGGUGUGGUUUGUUUCAGCUAUCACUGUUUAAUUUUACUGGUCUCCUCUGCUACCAACCUUUUUUACAGUGUUACUCUUUUGUGUUUUGUUUUGUUUUUGUUUGCUGGGUUUUGUUGGGGGGUUUUUUGUUUUUUUU